CAAGCUAGGUGUGUGUUGGAGAGAUUGUGACGAUCGUGGUUAAUGAUGCAUGAAGCUUAAAUAAACUACACUUUUAAAAAUGAGUAGAGAAACAAGGAAAAUCCAUCUUUUCUUUGUUUUGUGGUAACACACACACAUCUGUAGACUCACAUACAACUAGAUGCACACGCUCACACAGAUGGACACAGGGUGACAGAUACCCUGAAAAAACACACAAAGCAGCAUACAACCGUUGCCCGUGAGAUCCCGCGAGAAAAGACGAUACGUGAAUAUCACAUCUUCUAUUUUAUAUCACCACUACCACUACAGCAUCACCAGCAAUAAGAAUAUUUUAUUUUUUCUCUCCGGUAAAAGCCAGAGAAUCCCUUCAGCACAAAUAAACCACCUUACACUGACACCUUGUCUCGUCACCUGGGUUACCCGAACAGGGUAGACAGCUUCAGACUUUCCCAGAAAGUAGGCGACCUACAUACACAGACAAAUGUCGAGAGUAUUUGUGUCUGUGACCACAGCUUGAUAACAGGCAGUCGUGUGGAGGUUGUAGUCUUGUUUUGUGUUCUGAUAAUUUGAAGUUGUUGUUGACGACUGACGAUGUCACAGCAGGGAACUAUGAUGAUUACAGUAUUCUGUCUGCUACCACUGUUUUCGCACCUCCAACCUGCGACAGGAGAACUUCUGGAAUCUAUUGGAAGUCAAACACACAAAGAAAAUUACAAUGAAAUAGUUUGUACUUUCAACUUGAAGGUGUCCCUCUCCCGCGUUGACUUCGUUGAUAAGACAGGAUCAGAAGUGUUCGCCAUCGUGGACUGUGGCACAUCGUGCAACGUCUUCAGUUCCUACCAAGAUGUCCUCCGCAUCGUAUCUCCACAGAAAACCAUUUCCGGUGACCGUUUUGUCUUUAAUGCCACGCACUCGGACAGAACCACAGGAACGUACACGUGUCACGGAAUUCCUGCAACCGAGGUGGUCUACCCACCUCUCUCGGGUGAUGGUGAUGAUGAUGGCGGUGGCGAUGGUGAUGGCGAGGAAAGUCAGAUGACAUCAGCUCCACCACCUGAGACAGAUGAGGCAUCACACAAUGCUGGUGGAAGCUCUAACGGACUUCUUGCACUGAUUAUAAUUCCCAUCCUGCUGGUACUCAUAGGAGUAGUUUUAUUCCUUCACUGGUGGGGAGUGAUUCAGAUUCCUGGCCUGCCGAAAACUAGAGGAGAACCACGUGACUUGAGACGUAUUGUGGGGAAGCGGCUGCAGCCUGUCACUGGUUGGUGGGAAAGGACACGUGGUCUCUGGCAAUCCACACGUGCGUACAACCAGGAUCCUCUAGAACGCCUAGAGUCAAACUGCGAUCCAGACGAAGAGGUUUCUCUUAAAGAUACAGAAUUAAUAGCUCAGAAUGAAGAUAAUCUGUCUCUGCGCCUUGAUGCAGCACCAGAGAAAUUUAAGAGCGAUUUACCCUAUCCCGUAAAAGAAUCCCUUGACUACGAGGGUAACGACAAUGAAGUGUCUGUUGUUGAAGAACGUCAGCCAUUAUUGCGGGGUUCAUUUCACAACACCAAACCCACUCAGGGCGCUAAUGCUAGUAUCGAGGAGUAUCAGACAUCACCACAACCUACACUUUCACCUAACAGCACCGACACCAACAAUGAAAACAGUGAUGUUGAGGACCGUCAGACGUUACAAUCUUUACAUUUAUCCAGCAGCACAAAGGCCACAGAUGUCGCCGCAGACCUGAGUGCAGCAUCUUUGUCACGUGACAGCAUUCAGCAUAAAGAGGAGUCAGCUCAUACAAAUAGUCAUUCAUCUGCUCCUCACGACACAGGAGCAUUAAAACCUGAACCUACAAAGUCACCUGUUCCUCCCAAACGUAAAAAACAACCGUUGAAAGAUUCGUCUCCACUCAUUGACCAUAAAGAGUCAAUGAACGACCGUCCAUCUCAGAUCUCUACAGAGAGUGAAAAUGAUGAUGUAAGCAAGAAAAAAAGCAGUCGUGACCCUGGGGCCAGCUUGCAACACACACCACAAACAUCUGGUACCAGGAUAGAAACAGAGAGAAGAAAAAAUGAGAUAAUGAGCGGGCAGUUAAAAACAUCACGAAAUACAGAAGGCAUAGAAGGAACAGAAAAGAGAGAAGACGAGAAGGUAAGGGUCGACAUGAAAGAAGAAGAAAGUAGUGAAGCAAAGUCAGAAACAAUAAACAAUGACGACGUGAAGGAGCAGUUAACAACAAAUAAAAAAGGAAGACGUUGGUGAGAAGAAAGAGACAGACGACGACAAAGAAGAAGGUGAAAUGAAAGAACAUGAAACUCUGGAAGUAAAGUCAGUGACAGAAAGCAAGGAGGAUGCCAAGCAGGACCGAACUGAAGAAACGAUAGCGGCAAAGGUUAAGCAAGAACACAAAGAGGAAACAAAGAGGGAAGUGGAUCAUUCUCAAAAACUGGAAGCAGAGGCAGUGAGAGAACAAAAGGAGAAUAACGAAGACGAUGACUACGAGACCGCCUCUGAUGACGAUGAUGCCGAUAGAAGUAGAAAUGCUGAAGGUGCUGUUGAUGUUGAUAAGCUGGAUGGCGUAAGUUCCACUGGGCAGAACCUAGUCUACACCGACCAGUCUAACCCUGAACAAUCCCAGGAAUGUUCUGACGGCGAAAAGAGACAAACAAUUAGAGGUAGACUAAAAAGUUUAUCCAGUAAAUUUAACCAAUUUGACGAUAGCAACAGCCUGGACGUGUAGGGGACAAGAAGUUCACACGUUUGAUGAGGUCACACAGUCAAUCCAUCGUGAGGGGAACUAGGGAUGAGUUCAGCACAGUGUUACAUGAGUGAGAAGUUUGACAAACUGUACAAAGUCUGAACCACACACAGGUUUGUUGUAUUCUGACAAGAUUCUGUCCAGGUGUCCAGUAUGUUGACCUUAGUUCCUCAUCAGCCUGCAACUACAACCUCCCGUGACAAGCAGGAAGCUACUGCAACAGAAACUUGUCUGGAUAAAAAUGGAUAUUUAGUUAACAACAGGGCUUUUUAUGUCAGAAAUGUGCUUUGAAUGUGGAGAGCAGAACUGGUAGUAAGAACUGAAUGUGAGUGAAGAUGAUCAUGUGAUGUGAAUGUAACAGAGACAAAGACAUGUACAUCGCUCCAUCAGUGAGACUGGAGAUGUCAGUGACAAUGUGAACCUCGGGACAGAAGGAAAGAGAAGUAUUACAAACAUACCAGGGUGUGAAAGACAGAAAGAUGAGACUAAACACUCGCUCUGAGGCAAGUCUCCAGACACUAGCAACUUGAAACUAAAGCCACUGGUCAAGUACAAGACAGAAGACACUGUUCACAGCAAAGACUAAAUGAACUGCUCAAACUAAAGUGAACAGGAAGGUGGAGUGAGCAUCACACUACUCAGUAUGUCUCAGGCAACUGGUCACAAGUGGCAAGGGUGAGAAUAAACUACAAGGAAAAACUCAGAACUAAAAAUAGCAAAAUUGACUGAUUACUCAACUUACUCGUAUUUAGUCAUGUUUGGCAGCAAAUGCAGACCAAGUGAACAGAGUGAACAUAAUUUAAGCGUAUUGUACGACUUCUGUUAUGCGAGUGUUUGAAACCCGAGUCACUGGUUGUAAAAUAUAUCCUAAUGAAUAUUUCAGUGUUGUUUGUGCAUUUUUACUUUACUUUAUUAAAAAUAAUCUCAGAUAA